CCACUUCAAAAAAAUUUCCACAACCACAAUUCUGCACAGACCUCAAUCAAGAAUCCUCUCUCUCUCUCUCUCUCUGGAUUCCACCUCCGCUCUCCAAGUUCCUAACCGCGAAUCCAUCGCCUUAGACCCCUGAAGAUCUCUGUGGGAGAGAGGGAGUGGCGGAAUGAUGUCGCUCACCCCGGAUCAGUUUAGAAAGGUCGGGUUGGGCGUGGUUCCGUCUCCGUCCCCGUUCCUCACGCCUCGGCCGGAGAAGCGGCGGGCGGACUGCAGAGGCGGCGAAUUAUGGAGCUCGAACCGGCACGAGAAAGAUAAGGAGGUCAACGUGCAGGUUCUGCUGCGGUGCAGGCCAUUAAACGAAGACGAGCAAAGGUUGAAUGUGCAAAAGGUCAUCUCGUGCAAUGAACACAGAAGAGAGGUCAAUGUCAUGCAGAAUUUAGCCAACAAGCAAAUAGAUAGGAUUUUCACUUUCGACAAGGUUUUUGGGCCUAAAGCACAACAAAGAUCAAUAUAUGAUCAAGCCGUUGCUCCCAUUGUUAAUGAAGUUCUCGAUGGUUUUAACUGCACCAUUUUCGCCUAUGGGCAAACAGGCACCGGUAAAACCUACACAAUGGAGGGCGGGAUGAGAAAAAAGGUUGGUGAACUGCCCGCUGAGGCCGGCGUCAUUCCACGAGCAGUUCGUCAAAUUUUCGAUACACUAGAAGCACAAAAUGCUGACUAUAGUAUGAAGGUGACUUUUUUAGAACUCUACAAUGAAGAGAUAACCGAUUUACUAGCCUCCGAGGACUCCUCACGCUAUAUGGAAGAUAGACAGAAGAAGCCAAUAUCACUGAUGGAGGAUGGAAAGGGUUGUGUGGUUGUAAGGGGCCUCGAGGAAGUAGCAGUAUAUAGCGCAAAUGAAAUCUACACUCUGUUAGAACAAGGAGCAUCGAAAAGGCGAACGGCUGAUACCUUGUUGAACAAGCGUAGUAGUCGGUCUCAUUCCAUCUUUUCCAUUACGACCUACAUAAAGGAAGCCACAGUUGGAGAUGAAGAGCUCAUAAAAUGUGGCAAGCUUAACCUUGUAGAUUUGGCAGGAUCAGAAAACAUUUCUCGAUCAGGAGCAAGGGAGGGUCGUGCAAAAGAAGCUGGAGAAAUAAACAAGAGCUUACUUACCUUGGGCCGUGUGAUAAAUGCACUUGUGGAGCAUUCUCCUCAUAUACCUUACAGGGAUAGUAAGCUGACAAGACUUCUAAGAGAUUCUUUGGGAGGGAAGACCAAAACAUGCAUUAUUGCUACUGUUUCUCCUUCUGCUCAUUGCUUGGAAGAAACAUUAAGCACACUCGAUUAUGCUUAUCGUGCUAAAAACAUUAAAAAUAAACCAGAGGCGAACCAGAAAGUGUCAAAAGCUGUGUUGCUUAAGGAUUUGUAUGCAGAAAUUGAGAGGAUGAGAGAAGAUAUCCGAGCUGCAAGGGAAAAGAAUGGUGUUUAUAUUUCCCAUGAAAGAUUUGCCCAAGAAGAGGCUGAGAAGAAGGCAAGGAAUGAAAGGAUAGAGGAAUUGGAAAGUGAUCUUAUCCGUUCUGAGAAGCAAAGUGAAAAAUUUCGCAAGCUCUAUCUUACAGAGCAGGAACAGAAAUUGGACCUCGAAAGUAGUCUUAAGAACUGCAAGAUUGACCUGGAGACCAGUCAUAAGGCAUUGCUUGAUCUUCAAGAGCAACACCGGUUGGCUCUCUCCACAUUGAAGAAUAAGGAAUUUGUAAUCUCAAAGCUGCUACAAUCAGAAAGUUCCAUAAUUGAUCGUGCAAAGGAGUUAAGAUCAGAUUUGCAAGAUGCAUCUCAGGAUUUAAGUUUGUUGUUCAGGAAAUUAGACUACAAAAGCAGGAUGGAAGCAGAGAACCAUGAUAUUGUCUUGACGUUUGGCUCUCAACUUGAUCAAAGCUUGAAAAACUUGCAUAGGACUAUCCUGGGCUCAGUUUCUCAACAACAGCAAGAAAUAAGAUGCAUGGAAGAACAUGUCUCCUUGUUUCUUGCAAGUAAAAAUGAUGCAACAGAGAGUCUGCGUUUGAAGGUUGAAAAGAUGACGACGACGCAUAGUUUAGGACUGUCUGCAUUGACUGAUUAUGCCAAUAAACUACAGAUGAAAGCCGCCUCUGACCAUGAUCAAAUAAAUUGUAAAAUAGCAUCAGAGACAAAGGGCAUUCAGGAAUAUAUAGUCAAGUUAGUAUUGGAGGCCAAGGAGAUCAUCAGAGACAUCCAUCAUGCUCUUACUGAACAGAAAGAAAUACUGGCAUUUUCUGCACAGCGACAGGAAGAGGGAUUACGAAGAAGUUUGGUAUCUGCGCACGUAGUAUCCAAGGCAACCAUGGACUUUUUCGGUGAUGUUCACAGUCAUGCUACUGAAAUCAAGUCAAUCAUUGAAGAAUGCCAUGCUGAAAGGAUCUGCCAACUGAAUGAUUUUGAGAAGAAAUUUAAGGAAGAGGCAGCGCGAGAGGAAAGACUGGCUUUGGAGCAAGUUGCCGCAAUUUUGGCAAAUUUGACAUCUAAGAAAAAUAAAAUGGUCUCAGAGGCAUCAAACGGUAUAAUCGACUUAAAUACAAGGGAAGAGCAGAGAUUGCAUCAUCAAACUACCAACAUGCAGCAUAUUGCAGCUGAUGCUAGGAAAGAGUUGACUAAAUACAUAGUAGAGGCAGAAAACAAUUUCUUGGAAGAUACAUUUUCGGUGGGUGAGUCCAGGGCUGUAUUGGACAGCUGCUUUGAAGAGUGUUCAAAGGUUGUGGAUAAUUCCAGGAGACAAUGGGAGAAUGCUGCAUCUGCCAUAAACGAGUUCAAGAAUGUUAGUAUAGACAAGAUAGCAUCUCUUGUGAGGGAAAAUAUAGGCGAAAACCAGGAUUUAUGUGAACGAUUUAGAUCUGCAUCUUCCUCCACGGAUAGAGAUUUUGCUUCUAGAGUUGGUGAUAUGGUCACUGCUAUUUGUGAUUCACUACAAUUGGAUCGUGACUAUAAGGAGAAAUUAGACUCCACGGCAGCCUCAUGCAUGGGUCAGCUAAAGUCGAUUGCAGAGAAGCAUGGAGUGGGCGUUUCGGAAAUCCGAAGCAAAGCAGAACAGUGCCUCACAAAAGAUUAUCUGGUUGAUGAGCCCACGUCCACAACCCCUAGGAGACGGGUCAAAACGGUUCCAAGUUUAGCGUCCAUUGAGGAGAUGCGGACGCAGUUGAGCGAAGGAAAUUCGGAGAACGAAAUCAGAGGCGACCGGACAGAAGGCAAGCUCCACCAGCCAAUAGAUUUACAGCCGCCCGAUAGACCUCCUUUUGCAGAUAUGAAUGGUGAGUUGUACUGAGGAAGGCGGUUUUAGCAGACUGUGAUCCGGCAUGCUUGUUCAAGUGUCAAAGAGGCAAAACUUGCGCUCAUUGACUGAUGAGCAGCAACACUAGAUUGAGUCCUAACAGCAAGUACUAGCUAGCUAUGGAAAGUUUCUCCUCUUCUCUCUUCGGACAAGUCAUUUGUAAGUAAGUAUUGUAACAACUUGUUCAAUGAUUCCAUGGAAAUGAUUAAA